ACAAGUGACUCAUUGUAUACAUGUAUAUAUAGAUCCUACUAAUUCAAUAUAGUCUUUCAUUUUGAGGAAAUCCGGCACUUGGUGACAGCUACCAAAGCAAAAUUACAAAAUGUUACAAUUUAUAAUAAUUUACAUUUUCAAUACUUGUUUGUGUGUAUCUUCGUUACCGGUAUUUAAUGAUAAAGUUACUUUGGAAAAGUUAUGUACAUUAUAUUUGCCACAUAGUUAUGACACAGAUGGAACCCCAUUAUACAAGUAUUCUAGUGGAGCCAUAGAACAGACAACGUAUGAUCCUGAUAAUCACAUAGUAUAUGCUGUAGGUGGAAAUAUUCUACAUGUUAUUGAUGUAAAAAAUGUCACAUCUCCGAAGAUCGUUUAUCAUAUGGAGGUUGACAACGUGGAUCUAACAGACAUUGAAUAUUGUGGUGGAUACAUUUUCGUUUCCAUGGAUAAUCUUUUGUUUAAAGAGGAGGGGCGUGUUGUUAUAUACAGGAAUUUCUCAACAUCAGAGCUGAUGAUCGAAAAAUAUAACAUAACAGUUGGAUCAUUACCCGAUAUGGUCUACCCAUCAAAAGACUGCAAUACAAUAUUGGUUGCGGUAGAAGCCGAGGCCUAUCAAGAUGAUGGUAAAAUUGUAGAUCCCGAAGGUGGAGUCGGGAUAAUAAAAAUUGAAAAUGACGAAGCAACGUAUAAAAAGUUGGACUUCAAAGAAUUCAAUUCAAAAUGGUCAGAAUUAGAAUCAAAGGGAUUACGCUUUGUACAUAGAGUAAACAACAACAACUUUUCCAACGAUGUGGAACCAGAAUGUAUAUCAUAUAACAAAGAUUAUUCUAAAGCUUACAUUUGUCUUCAGGAGAAUAAUGCAAUAGCUAUCGUCGACAUUGCCACAGAAACCAUAGAAGAUAUAUUACCAUUAGGUUUCAAGUCAUGGGGAGAACUUAUGAUGGACCCGAGUGACAAAGAUGGAAUUCAUCUGAGGUCCUGGCCAAUCUAUGGCAUGUAUCAACCUGAUUCUAUUCACGUGAUAAAUGUGGCGGGAAAUGAAUACCUAGUGACAUCUAAUGAGGGUGACUCUAAGGAUUACUCAGACUGGGGAGGAUUUAAUGAAGAAGAACGUGUUCGAGAUAUCAUCUUAUCAGAAAAUUCUACGAUUGUUAAAUGGGCUGCUGACCACAAACUUUCUACGACUCUCCAAAACGAUAACAUGCUAGGUCGGUUAAAAAUAACAAAUAUGAAUGGUAGAAAUAAUGCUGGUACAUAUGACGAGCUUUAUGCUUUCGGAGGAAGAGGUUUCUCCAUUAGAAAACUAGAAACAAUGGAACUCGUGUACGAUAGUGGCGACCAGUUUGAAAAGCUUCACCAAGAAUACAUGCCACUGUUGUUUAACAAUAAUGCAGAGAAUGGAACUAAAACAGUCAACCAGACAUUUGACACUAGGUCUGGCGAUAAGGGGCCCGAGAGUGAAAGUCUUUCAGUUGCUCAUAUCGGCAAUGCUGUUUUAUUAUUCAUUGGAAAUGAACGACCUGGCAGUAUAUUAAUUUACAAGAUAAUAGGAGAUGCUUCUAAGCCAGAAUUUCAAAGUAUAUGGAACGGUGUUCAAGAAACGGAUAACAAAUGGGAAGAGCUUUAUGACAGAAGAAUGUUAAGUGAAAUAGAUCCCGAAGACAUAAGAUACAUUCCCGCUGAUCAUAGUCCAAAUAAGCAGCAUAUAUUAACAGCUGCUGGCACUGUCAGCGGAACCUUUUCCAUGUUUGCAAUCAAAGGUAUUAAUGAACACAACUUGGGAGCAGCGCCCACGGAUAAAGCAGCUGGCUUAAAUAUAGGUUUGCCAAGUGUGAUAAUAGCAGUACUUAGUAGUUACAUUAUUCUGAGAUGCAGCAAUUAAUAACCACAGAUAAAACGUACAGCAUUGUAUUGGACAAAACGAACGUCUCGGAUUAAUAACAUGCUUAGAACAAUGCAUGUUCUCCUGACAAGACAAGAUAUUGCCAGUGAAUAUACACAUGUUAUAGUGAUAAAGUCAUCAACGACAGGAACGAAAACUCCUUUCUCAUUAUGGAAAAUUAAAAUUUUAUUGUAUGUUCUUUUA